UGUUGCCAAUGGCGCUGGAAGCUAUUUAAUACUUGAUGCUUGGAAUUCACCGUUAUUUCGCGAAUUUACACCACAAGAACUGGUUUCAUAAUCCACAGCCUCGCAUCAUGCCUGACAGCGCAGAUCGUGAACAGAAGCCGAAGCCCAGCAGUCUGCGAUCAAUAAUUGCUGGAUCCACGGCGGGAGCUGUUGAAAUCUCAAUCACAUAUCCUGCGGAAUUCGCAAAAACAAGAACCCAAUUAAACCGCCGAUUACCGGAUGGAAAGAAGCUACCUUGGCCGCCUUUUGGCAAGGCAUGGUAUGCAGGAUGUACGACACUAAUUGUGGGAAAUUCAUUGAAGGCGGGAAUCCGUUUCGUGGCAUUUGACACAUUUAAAUCUUUGCUUCAAGAUAGAGAUGGCAAGAUAUCAGGUCCUCGAACGGUUCUUGCCGGCUUUGGUGCCGGCUUCACCGAGUCCCUCUUGGCAGUUACCCCCUUUGAGAGUAUUAAGACACAAUUAAUAGAUGACAGGAAAGCCUCUAAGCCCCGAAUGCGGGGAUUUCUUCAUGGGACGACGGUGAUCUUCCGUGAGCGAGGCAUUCGCGGGUUUUUCCAAGGAUUUGUUCCCACAACAGCGCGACAAGCCGCAAAUUCGGCCACCAGGUUUGGAAGUUAUACGACUCUUCGCCAAUUUGCUCAGGGAUACGUUGCACCGGGGGAGAAACUUGGCACCCUAAGUACCUUUUUCAUUGGAGGCAUGGCCGGGCUGAUAACGGUCUAUGUCACACAACCACUCGACACUGUUAAAACAAGAAUGCAAUCAAUCGAAGCAAGGAAGAAUUAUAAAAAUAGUUUUGUAUGCGCCGCGAAGAUCUUCAAAGAUGAAGGCAUCUUCACUUUCUGGUCUGGCGCUGUACCGCGACUUGCAAGACUGAUUUUAAGUGGCGGAAUCGUGUUCACCAUGUACGAGAAAACAAUGGAAAGUUUGGACGCGCUUGAUCCAGAGAGAAAGUAUAUCUAAACACUGGUUUUAUAAAUAGACUAUCAAUCUGUUCAAGAUAUCCUUGUAAAGUAUGCGCGACAUGGAAGGAGUUGGCGGUUUACCUCUGAUCAUAGUCUUUGGCUUAUCUGGCCGUCCUAGUCCUGGAUUUUCAGAGAUCUUCUCUUUAUAUCAAACUAGUCCAUAAAAUAGUACCCCGUAUGGAGUACGUUGAUCUAUUAUGCUCUAGCGCGUAUCUUUCUUGUUCGGUCCUUUCUUGGAUAUCUCGUUUGGUUGCUUCGACCAUUCCUCCCCACACAAAACUCCAACCUCCUGAUCGACAAGCCAAUUGCUCACACUUUCCAUAAUAUUAUCAAGUCCUUCACCACCAUCAAGCACACUACCGAGAUUAUGGAUCGUCACGCCGCUGCGGUGGUCCGUACAGCGAUUUUGUCCAAAAUUGUACGUGCGAACUUUAUCUCCUCUGCCCAUUCUAGCAACCCCUCCCAUUAUCCCCCUUCGUAAUUCCACAAGUUCCUGUUCCCGCGCUUCACGUCUCAUCUGAGCGAUUUUAGAGCGAAGCAAUCGCCAGGCUUUUCUGCGGUUUUCAUGUUGAGAACGUGAAUCCUGCACCGCGACAACGGUGCUAGUUGGGACGUGAGUAAGUCGUAUAGCAGAUUCUGUUUUGUUUACGUGCUGGCCUCCGGCUCCACUUGCCCGCAUCUUUUCCGACUGCACAUCCUGCGGGUUGAUAUAAUAAUCCGAAUUUGGGUCGUCAAAAUUAAGAGCACUAUCAUUCUGCUCGGAGAAGCUAGGUAGGAUCAUAACGCUGACAGCGCUAGUAUGAACACGGCCCUUCGCUUCAGUAGCUGGAAUUCGCUGGACACGAUGGACUCCGGCCUCGGUACGGAGGAUAUUAUAGCUCCCGGGGGCCUCGAUUUCCAUUACCGCUUCAGAAAGGCGGUCCUCAGAUCCGCUACCUCCAGCGCCGUCUUCCACAUCUUUUUUAAGAAUGGCUGUUCGGAGGCCAUGGCGUGAACAAAAUGCUAAAUACAUACGUAAGAGCUCCGAAGCGAAAAGGCCAGCCUCGUCUCCACCUGCGCCGGGUCGGAUUUCAACCAAACACGGGAGUUCGGCGAAUGGGUGCCGAGGGAUCAGGCUCUCUUUUAAUUUCCCUGACAAAGCGAAAAGACUGGAUACGGUGGUCUGAAGGUCGUCCGAUGCCAGUUCUCGAAGUUCCGGAUCGCUAGACGGGUCGUCAAGUAAAUGAUUCAACUCUGCUAUAGACUGGUGGUAGUGAGAAAUGGCACU